AUGAGCGAAUGCGCGAGUUUCAUAAGGGAAUGUUGGAACUCACGAAUUGAUAUGGAUGCAUUCGUAACUGAAAUAAAGACAGGAAAAUAUGGAGAUGUAAGCCAAAUAUUCCAAUAUAUUGCCGAAAUUAUUUCAAAUUCAGAUUUCACGGCCGACUAUCUAAUCAACUGUGCAACAACAAUUAUUAUAACUUAUCAAGACAAAGUGCUUUCUUCUAUUGAAACAACAAAUAAUUCAUUAGUAGAUGGAUGUUACUAUAUAUUUUCCCAAAAAUCACAGCAAAUCAUUUCUCAACUGACUCUUGGCACAAAAGAAUCCGCAAUUUGUGCAUUAAAAAUGCUUGAAAUUUGCUUAUCUACAAAAAAUUUUGAUCUACUUCAUUCUACAAUUCAUUCUUUAGUUUUAAAUCCACUAUUUUCGGUUUUAAUUGCUUCCUCGAGAUUAUAUUCAUUUCCGGAUUUCAUAAAAGUCAAAAAUAUUGUUACGAUAUUUUUGAAAAACCAGAAUAUUGAGAAAUCUGUUGGUACUACAUAUCUCAAAAUGGCUUUAUUUGCAGAAAAAAUAACAAAAACCAAACAAAUUUACGAAAUGCUUAAUGCCACAUCUAUAAUUAUUUCAUCUUUAAAUUUUUGGGUCCCAGAAUACAAAUUACUUAGUUUAUUCAGAACAUACAAUGUACGACAGAUAUAUUUAGCAGCUGUACAAGUAUUCUUUGACUCUCCAAACCUUUCUUGUGCUUAUUUAAUUACGAACAACAUUUUCAGGUCAUUACCACGUAUUGGCCACAAACAUGCGUGUAUAAAUGAAAUAGAACCUCAUACAUUCAAUGGAAAAGCAGUUUCUGAGAUAUUAAGUUCUUUUUCGCAAGAAUUAUUGAAAAAGAGUAAUUCCCCUUUAACAAGUGAAGAAUUGAUAAAUUACAUAUGUUCUUUCCCAAGUAAUUACUCUGAUGAAGACCUUCCGAAUUUAGUUCUACAAUAUCCUGCUCUUUCUUCGAUACUAGUUCCAAGAUUUAUAGAAAUUUCGAAAGAUCCAACAAAAAUAAGUUCUUGCAUGGAAAUUUUGAAGAAAGUUUCAUCAAAUCCGAGAUUGGAAGAUUUCAGAUGUCUCAUUGUAAAACAAUGGCUUCUUGAAGAUAUGUUAGAUUGUCUACAAAUGUUGAUGAAUCAUGUUGUUUCUGUUUCUGAUUUUAAUUUAGUUUGGACAAUUUUUUGUAUUUGUUUUUGUUUUCUUGGCGUUCUAAUUCUAUUUCUCUUCAAAAAGCUUUGA